AUGGCUACACUGGCCGAACACCCGACCGUCGCCCCGUCGACGACUUGCUACGAUCCUGACAUCGACUCCUUCCUCAACCUCGACCAGAUCACCUACGCUACCGAAGCUCCCAGGCCAAAGGCUUCGCUGCCAAGUCAACCUGCCGUUCCAAGCACAGAUUUCGCCGCUGGUGAUGUUCGCAGUGCCGGCUUCGCUUCGAAUGGUCAAACACCGAUUGCCUUCCAGGCUCCGAGCCACCAAUAUGACGAACACAAGCAGCAGACUGGUCUUCCUCCAGGCGCUUUGGCUCAUGCGAUGUCCUUCAACCAUGCUAACAACAUGGGCUAUGGCGGUGCCAGCCCUGGGUUUGCCAUGGGAGGAGACAUGUAUCCCCAGAUGAAGCGCGAGGAUCCCCUUGAUUUCAACGCCAUCCCCGCCCGUAACCCAGCUGAGAUGGACAUGGAGGGCGACAACAUCAACUCGGCUCCCGGUUAUUUCUUCUCGCCAAACCCCAACAAGGCCCAGUUUGUCGACCCUAAUGCUCUGGCUUCCCAGGAGGCUGUCCCCGCUGGACACUCGACCCAGGUUGGUCGUAUGUACCCGGGUAUGCACCAGCAGCAAGCAGCCAUGGCCAAGGCCGCUCAGCAACAGAGACAGCAUGAGAUGCUUCGCCAGCAGCAACAGCAGCAGCAGCAACAACAACAACUCCAGCAGCGUCGCAUGGAGGAACAGGCCCAGCAAAGCAACGCCUCUCAGCCCCGUGCUCAGCGGAAUUCCGACCCUGUUGUCGAGGAGCGCAUCUCUCGCCUUCUCCAGCAGAUCAGACAGAGCUCGAUGAGUUCGCCGUCCGACUCGCCCAGUCCUUCCCUUCUGCCCCAGAUGGCCAAGGCCAAGAAAGAAGAGCAGGAUAUGGACGAGGACGAGAGACUCCUUGCUAGCGAAGAGGGCAAGAAGCUCAGCAGCAAGGAGCGUCGUCAGCUCCGUAACAAGGUUUCAGCUCGUGCUUUCCGAUCUCGCCGAAAGGAAUACAUCGGCCAGCUUGAAAACGAAAUUGCCUCGCGCACCAACGAAUCCCACGAACUUCGCAUCCAAAACCGCGCUCUUUAUGAGGAGAACGCUCGUCUGACCGACCUUGCUCACAUGCUUUUGGCGUCGCCUCAGUUCUCGAACUUCAUGGAAGAAAUGAACGUCACCGGUCUGCCUCAGCUCCAGACCACUUCCAAGCAGCAGCCUCAGCAAUCGCAGCCACAGUCGCAGCCUCAACAGCAGCAGCAGCAGCAGCCGACACAGCCCUCGCAGCCGCCUAUGCAGGCCAACAUCCCCGAGGCCACCCAGAACCAGACUCCCCAAGAUUUCCAGAUGCAGCAGAGUAUGGUCAUGGUUCCCAACCAGGGAAUGGACAUGACUGGCAUGGGUCUGAACGGGGGAUGGAACUCUGGAAUUGACAUCAACUACGCCAACACCCCCGUCUUUGCCGUCAUGGAAGUGCCCGAGGGUCCUGCUCUUGAUGCCGAAGUUCUUUCCGGAAAGUCAUCCAGCUUUGGUAGCAUCCUCCCGGAGUCUACGAAGCAGGAAGCCCCUGUCCUUGAGCGCGCACCGCAGGUCGAGGAGCCCAAGGAAGUGACUGGUGUCGUGAACCCCAACGUUGAGAUUGACGAGUCGGAUCCUGCCUUUGCCCUGUUUGUCGACUCCGUCAAGUCGCAAACACAUACCGAGGAGUCGUUCGAGGGUGUCAAAUCGGAGAAGGCCCCGGCCUUUGAGCUUGUGGUUGAGUGUGAUUCCAAGACUACCGAAGCCCGAUUCGCUCAAUUAUGUCUCAGCAUGGAAGCAUCUUUCGAACGUGUUUCUAUGUUUUACUACCAGGUCCUCACGACGCCGACUGGCGAUACCCCCGGCACGACAUUGCUGCUGCAUUUCCCAGAUAAGCGGUACUUCUUCGGACAUCUAUCGGAAGGUACGCAGCGGGCGUGUACGGAGCGUGGCGUCAAACUCACCUAUUUAACCGAUGCAUUCCUUACUGGCCGUACGGAAUGGGCGAACAACGGCGGUUUAAUCGGCACGAUCCUGACUCAGGCGGACGGCCUUAUCAACUCGAAUCUGGCGCUGGAAACCGCCGCGCAGGCAAAAGGGUUGACGGCUGAGCAGACAAAGCAUGGUGUUCCAUAUGCGGAGAAAAAUGGACAGGUUGUGGCGCAGAGGGGCAGUUUGACGAUUCAUGGAGGGCGGAAUAUCACGCAUAGUCUGGCGACUGCUAGGCGAUUUGUGUUUCGGAAGGGAAUGCCGGUCUUUAUGAGGGAGUAUGAUUCGGAGACGAUGGGGAAGAGGAGGUCUGUGGCGAAUGAGGAUGCGUUUCAAGAGCCAUCGUGGUUUGAUAAUAACAUCAAGGUGUGGGCUAUGCCUGUUAGUUCUUCACCGACGGGGCAGGAUGGUGGUGAAACUUUACAAAGUGGUCAGCAGAGCCCUAGGAAAAGAAGCUUGGAUGAGUUUCAGGAGAAGGAGGAUGGGGUUGAUAUGCGUGACCGGCGACUCAGGGAACAGAUCAUGAGGCAGUCUGUUGUCACUGAUAUGUUCAACUCAUCGUGGAGAAUGGAUGCGCUCAUCGAGACUCCCCUGGCCGAGGUGAAGAUGCCUGCGUCCAUGUUCAUUCGCAAUCCUGAGACCAAGCAACUCGAACAGUAUAUGGGUCCUGCUCCGGGAAGCGAUCAGCCACUCCCCAAUAUCAAGGUUCUCGUACGCCAACCUUGGCCGGGCGCGACGGUUGAGAAACUACCCCCAACUACCUGGUGUGACGAGGCUCUUUCCUACGUUGUGCGGAAUCACGAUGUCCGUGGCAAGUUUGACCCUAAGAAAGCAGAAGCGCUGAAGAUCCGCAAAGGUCCCGACUAUGCUCGUCUGACCAAAGGCGAAAGCGUUGUAUCUAUGGAUGGAAAGACCGUCACACCGGAAAUGGUUCUGGGACCCCCGCGGCCUGGAAAGGGGUUGGCGAUCAUUGACUUGCCAUCUGUAGACUAUGUCGAGAACCUGGUUAACCGCCCAGAGUGGAAUUCGCCAGCUGUGACGACAGAUCUGGAGGCUUUCCUUUGGAUCCUGGGACCUGGUGUAGGCGAUCAUCCCAAGCUGCGUGAGUUUGUUGAGAAGAGGCCAAACGCCAAGCAUAUCGUCUCCAGUACGGAUUACUGCCCGAACUACCUUGCCCUGCCUAGUGUUGCGGGAUCGUCAAUCCGUCUGGCUCGCUUGAAGGGUGAUAGUUAUUCGAUUCCUUUCCAUGAUAACGUGACGCUUCCGCAGCCAGGAACACCAACACACGGAUCGGAGGUUACGAAGCAGAGCAUCCAGUCCUCGCCGUUCGAACCAUCAGAGCCAGGUCUCGUUAUUGGCAUGGAACCCAAGUUCGAAGUCAACCGUUCUGAGGUCAUGCAAAGACUCAACCCAGCGGAAGUGGUAGAUAAAAUUCCCCGUGCGGUCGAGAAACGAGUCGACACGAUCCGCAAGCGCAUGAAGAAGCAAGAAUUCUUGAAAAAGCUGGAGAAUGUCCGGAAAGAUCUCCCUGGACAGGAUGUGGAGAUUAUCGCGUUGGGGACUGGCUCUUCCGCACCAUCGAAAUACCGCAAUGUUUCUGCUACGCUACUCAAGGUUCCUGGGUACGGUUAUUACUUGCUGGACUGCGGUGAGAACACUCUUGGACAGCUGAAGCGUGUUUAUAAUCCUGAGGAAUUGCGGGAGGUGCUGCGCAACUUGCGUAUGAUUUGGAUUUCCCACCUUCACGCCGAUCAUCACUUGGGUACUGCGUCUCUCAUCAAGGCUUGGUACAAGGAGAACUACCCCAAAGGCGUACCCUCGCAGGGACAAUACAUCGAAGACGAUGUCAGCAAGAUCCUGGAGGAAAAGCGCUUAUUCAUUCUAUCUGAGGAAAGUAUGAUUAGCUGGCUGGAAGAGUACGCGGCUGUCGAAGACUACGGAUUUUCGAAGACAGUCCCUCUCUCAGCAUAUCCAUACAUGGACGGAAACAAGCGUAUACUCACUAGCUUCGUCUACCGCCACACUCGCGCCGAUGGCAGCUACCCUGGUCAGAUGCGGGAUGUUGGCAAACCCUCAAACACUCUCCUCCGCUUCGACGACGACAACUCCCCCCUUACAACUCAACUCCGCGCCGCGACCGGCCUUCAAGACUUCCGCACCACGAGAGUAUCCCACUGCCGCGGCGCAAUGGCUGCCUCACUUAUCUUCCCGGAUGGCUUCCAAGUCUCGUUCUCGGGUGACUGUCGUCCAUCGCAAUCAUUCGCAGAGAUUGGAAAGGGCUCCACAGUCCUCAUCCACGAAGCUACUUUCCAAGAUGAUAUGUACCAAUCCGCCAUGGCGAAGCGCCACUCAACCACCUCCGAAGCCCUCGAAGUUGGCCGCCGUAUGGAGGCACGGACUAUCCUGCUUACGCACUUCAGCCAGCGAUACCAGAAGGUUGCCUACGUGGACCAGAAAACAGGUGCCGUAAAGCACGAAGAAGCCCAAGAUACCCCCGCCGAUGCAGAUGCGGGCGAAGAACCCGAAACCCUCCAAGACGACACCUCAUCCACAGCUCCUAAAUCCUUUAAGGAUGUCAUCACCCUCCGCCGUCCGAACCAGCAUACCUCGCCCUCCACCCGUUCAUCAGUCCUAGACCGCACACCUACAACAGCCGUGUUUGAUUACAUGCGCGUGCGUGUGGGUGAUAUUCCCAUUGCUCAAGCUUACGCUCCAGCUCUUGAGAAAUUGUUUGAUAUUCUCGAGCGUGCAUCUACUGAGGAGGCAAACCAAGCAAAGAAAGAGCGGGAGGAGCAGAAGCCGAUUGAUUCGAAGCGUGGGAAGAAGAAGGCUGAACGACAAGCGCUUUCUCAGGGUAAGCAGCUGCCUGUGCAGGAGGUUUCUGCUGCGGAUGUGGAGACUGGGCCCAGUGUUUGGAGUGCGGAUGAGAGUGAGAGUGGGUGGAGUACUAGUGAGCCGGAGGAUGACAAGUGA